AUGGGCUUCUUGCCUUAUGUGAAGCGGGAUACGAUCUUCACUAUCCAAGUAAUCGUCGUCUGUAUCACUUGGUAUAGUUGCAGUUCUGGUCAAAAUGUUGUAAAUAAACUCGCCCUUCAAGUAAGCACUCUGCGAAAUUAUAUUGUGAUUGGCGUUUAGAAGUUCCCAUUUCCUCUAACCAUUGCUCUUUCGAGUCUAAUUAACAAUGUAAUCUACAGUAUCCCCUUGAUGGCCUAUUUCCGGAUAGAGCCCAUAAGGCCGAAGAAAUCAUACCUUUUGAAGACGAUAUUGCCCAUAUCCGCCGGCAGAGCGCUUGGAGUUGGGUUUGCAUAUUUUGGGCUACUAAAAGUCCCGGUUUCGUAUGCUCAAACAGGUAAAAUUAUAUUGUACUUUAUGAGUCAUCACUCCUUUAAUGAACCUUAGCACAUUUGGAAUUUCAGUCAAAGCUACCAUGCCAGUCUUCACGGUUGUCAUAUCUCGCUACAUCUUGAGUGAGGUCCAGUCGAAACGAGUAUAUUUAUCAUUACUUCCAAUUAUUUGCGGAGUUUUUGUAGCUUCGGUUACUGAAUUACAAUUUAAUUCCAUGGGUUUAUUCUCCUCUCUCUUUUCUACGGCUGUCUUCGCCUGUUUAAAUGUGUUGGCCAAGAAAGUAAGUGACGUUUUUUGAUUUCGAUCAAAAAUUUAGGUUUUCGAAGAGACAAAUAUGCAUCCCCUCAAUUUACUGUCGCUGAACAGUCAAUUGGCUGGACUAAUGUUGUUCCCAUUCUGGUUUCUCAAGGAUGGAAUGGCUCUAUGGUCAACUUUUACUGAUUCAGAACAUUCGGUAACUAUAAAAGUCAAUUUAAAAACUUGAAAAUUGAUGUACGUUUGCAUUCCACUUGUUUUAGCGAGUUGUAGAGCCGAUCAGCCACUUUGUCGGCUAUCUCCUCAUGUCUGGCGUCCUCUCGUUCAUCCAGAAUCUCUGUGCCUUCCUUUUGAUCCAUCAAUUGACCACCCUUUCUUAUGCAAUUUCAAACGCAGCCAAGAGAAUCGCGGUGAUUAUAAUCUCCCUGAUCUAUCUCAGGAACCCCGUAACUCCCAUGAAUUUCUUGGGAAUGUUACUAUCAGUGAUUGGAGUGUUUAUUUACAACCGUAUAAAGAGUUCGGAACGGAGGAAACGGUCCAAAUCUCCAUUAAUCCCUGAGAAAAUGGAUGAUUACAAUGACACAAAGUUCUUGCGACGACACGAAAGAGUGGUCAAUCUGGGCGGAAUGAGGUCUACUAAUAGUGAUGUCAAGUGAGUUGUGAUUCAUUGUUUCAGUUUGAGAUUUUUGAAAUUUUUGAUUCAAAUGUUUUGAAGUGUUAAAUUAGACCGCAUGGGCUAGAAGAGAAGUUUAUUGUUUCAAAUUAUGCUUUCAGACUCCUAUUGUCUUCGUGA